GCAAGCGCACGACCGUUUGUCUCACACUCGAAUUAAACGCGCGAUCUUCAUUUCGAGAAACGAUCUCUUUCGCUAUUUAAAAAGCAUUUUUUACUCAGUUAAUUGAGUAAAGUGUAAUUUUUUUUUUUGAAAACUGUUAAUAACAGUUAAAAAUAUUUUUUGUGAAAAUAUAUUAAGUGAAAUACUGUGAUAUUACUGUGAUAAGUGAUUGUGACACGAAUUAUCAAAAGUGCAAUUUAUACCGUGCAUUCGUGUUUUUAUUAUUCAUUAAAAACCGGUAACGGAACCAUAACAAAUCGACCAGUUCGCUAAAUUCUGUGCUUAUACGACGAAACCUGUUGAUAAGUACGAUGUGCCAUUGAGAGCGAACGGAACCCGAAGUAAGCGCCAUGCUUGCCGUAAUGCCGCGCUGGCUAGCGCGGCUCCAAGAUGGCGGACUCCUCAACCAGCUGUUCAUGGCUGUCAUGGUGACCAUCCCCGUCCUGAACUUCGGUAUGCUAAUGGGUUGGCAGUCGCCCAUGACGCCCCUCCUCCAAUCCGACGACGGUCCGGCGCCGGAACCGAUAUCGGACGACACGAUAUCGUGGAUGGCGUCAGUUACCUUCCUGCCACCCGUGUUCUGCGGGUGUGUGGUGGGGGACCUGGCUGACAGGUGGGGGAGGAAGGCCACCACUGUGAUGACGUCGCUCAUGCUGGUGAUCAGCUGGGCCAUAACUAUGUUCUCACUAGCCCCGUGGGCGCUUAUAACCUCGCGUGCUGUUGCUGGCUUAGCUUGUGCAGGUUGCUACGUAGUCACCCCACUGUACCUCAAAGAGAUCGCCUCAGACAACGUCCGCGGCGCGCUCGGUUCUCUCUUCAUCCUGUCCCAGAACCUGGGCUACCUGGUGGUGUACAUCGCAGGAGACGUGCUGUCCUUCACCAGCGUGCUGUGGCUGUGCACAGCAGUACCAGUCUUGCAUCUGCUGGCGUUUUUAGCUAUGCCGGAGACGCCUGUGUUCCUGGUCAAACAGGGGAAGAUACAGGAGGCACGCGAGGCACUAGCGUGGCUGCGCAACACCAGCCCAGACAACAAAGACCUGGAGGAAGUCAUCCAACAGCUGGACAGGGAAGAACAGCUCACCAGGUCCAUGCCGAAGGCCACUUGGUUGAGUUUAGUGCGCGACAAAACGACCUUCAAAGCCUUCAGGAUAUCUCUCAACGUGAUGCUGUCCCAAGAAACCUGCGGAUACCUGGUGGUCCUCAUGUACGCUGGCUCCAUCUUCGAACAAGCUUCAGAGUCCAUCAGCUUGAAGCUUAGUCCUAAUAAACAGACCAUUGUGGUGGGGGGCAUACAGCUACUUGGGUCCAUUGUGGCUAGCUGUAUUGUGGAGAAGACUGGACGAAAGUGGCUCCUCGCGGGCACGUCCUUCGCCACCGGCGUCUCCAUGCUAGCCCUGGGUGCCUGGUUCUACAUCACCAGCGUCGGCUUCUGGUUGCCCGGCUGGUUGCCCGUGCUAGCCAUGUGUUUGUGCAUCUUCGCUGAUGCGGCAGGAUAUCAGCCUGUGCCUUAUGUCAUCACUUCUGAGCUGUUUUCAUUCCAACACCGAGGCAUGGUAACCUCCAUCGUAAGCAGCAUCGACGCUCUCAGCGACUUCCUACAAACGAAAGCCUACGACCCACUCCUCAAACUGCUGGGCAUCCACUGGGUCUUCGUGAUGUUCUCAAUAGUCUGCUUCCUCGGCACUAUAUACACAGUAUUAUGGGUCCCGGAGACGAAGGACCGCAGCGUGGAGGAGAUCUACGCGCUUCUAGAAGAUUCUAGAAAGAAGGAGAAGAGGAAAGACGUUGAGACUGGGAAGGAGGUGUGUCGGUUAUGAGUUUUUGAGGCGUGUGGUUUUCUGUGGUUGACUGACCCUCUCAAGUACCUAUGGUAUUGUAAAUUGAAUGUCUCAUUGUCUAUAAAUUAUUGAAUAACCGCUAUUAGUGUAAGGCCAGGGGUCCAUUUCUCGAAAGGUACAAGCCUUGUAUUACAAGUGUGUUUCCAUGACAACCCAUACGAUUUGACAGUUCGCGCACUUGUAAU